AGAGUCUGCUGCAGAGGUUUGCUCCCGCCGCUGCGAGCGCCUCGAGGCUCCGUGCAGCCGGGGAGAAGCGCUCGGGAGAACAGAACCAGCCCCGCCGUGUUCAGACAUGAAGAUGCACACAUGUUUCCCAGCAGCUCAUUUCAAAUAGUGAAUGUGUGGAGGCGCGCGGUCGGGCACAAACACGCACAAGCAUGACGGCCAAGAGAACCGCUUUCCAGCCGCUGUCCAGCUCCCGCAUCCCGGCGGAGAGGAAGGGAGCGGCUGAGCGCCUUCAUAACCCCGAGCCCUGUGCCUCUUUCCCGCAGGAGCCGGAGAAACCAGCGGCGUCCUCCUCGGGGGCUGUCGGGGGCUCCGGGCCGGUGCUGGACGAGUCAUCUGACAGCGAGGGAGAGCAGGAAGGGCCGCAGAAACUCAUCAGGAAAGUGUCAACCUCCGGGCAAAUACGGAGCAAGACGAGUGUGAAGGAAGGGUUGCUUCUGAAACAGACAAGCUCAUUCCAGCGUUGGAAAAAGCGUUAUUUCAAAUUGCGGGGACGGACGCUAUACUAUGCCAAGGAUGCCAAGUCUCUUAUUUUCGACGAGGUGGAUCUUUCAGAUGCCAGUGUUGCCGAAACAAGCACAAAGAAUGUCAACAACAGUUUCACGGUAAUUACACCGUUCCGAAGGCUUAUCCUGUGCGCCGAGAACAGGAAAGAAAUGGAGGACUGGAUCAGCUCGCUGAAAUCGGUUCAGUCCAGAGAGCAUUACGAGACGGCACAGUUUAAUGUGGAACAUUUCUCAGGGAUGCACAACUGGUAUGCCUGCUCCCACGCUCGCCCUACCUUCUGCAAUGUCUGUCGGGACAGCCUCUCAGGGGUCACUUCUCAUGGCCUCUCUUGUGAAGUGUGUAAAUUCAAGGCCCACAAAAGAUGCGCAGUCAGGGCCACCAACAACUGCAAAUGGACAACGUUGGCCUCUAUCGGGAAAGACAUCAUUGAGGACGAGGAUGGGAUUGCGAUGCCACACCAGUGGCUGGAAGGCAACCUGCCUGUCAGUGCUAAGUGUGCAGUUUGCGACAAAACCUGUGGCAGCGUGUUGCGCUUGCAGGACUGGCGUUGUUUGUGGUGCAAAGCCAUGGUGCACACGGCAUGCAUGGAUCUCUACCCUCGCAAAUGUCCCCUCGGCCAGUGCAAAGUGUCCAUCAUCCCCCCUACCGCCCUCAACAGCAUUGACUCAGACGGUUUCUGGAAGGCCACCUGUCCCCCAUCAUGUGCAAGUCCACUCCUCGUGUUUGUCAACUCAAAAAGCGGAGAUAACCAAGGGGUAAAAUUCCUGCGUCGCUUCAAACAGCUGCUCAAUCCUGCUCAGGUCUUUGACCUGGUCAACGGUGGACCUCAUUUAGGCCUUCGCUUGUUCCAAAAGUUCGAUAACUUCCGAAUCCUGGUGUGCGGUGGAGAUGGAAGCGUUGGUUGGGUCCUGUCUGAAAUUGAUAAACUAAAUCUUCACAAACAGUGCCAGCUGGGUGUUCUGCCGCUGGGCACCGGGAAUGACCUGGCACGGGUGCUCGGCUGGGGGCCGUCCUGUGAUGAUGACACUCAACUCCCUCAGACACUGGAGAAGCUGGAGAGAGCCAGCACCAAGAUGCUGGACAGGUGGAGUAUAAUGACGUAUGAGAUUAAAAUACCUCCCAAACACAGCUGCCCCACCACACCGGAGGAGACAGAGGACGGCCAGUUACAGAUAUCUGCUUAUGAGGAUUCAGUGGCUGCUCAUCUCACGAAGAUCCUGAACUCAGAUCAGCACUCGGUGGUCAUAUCUUCAUCAAAGGUAUUGUGUGAGACGGUGAAAGAAUUUGUGGCCAAAGUUGGGAAGUGUUAUGAGAGAAGCGGUGAGAGUAUGGAGGAGGCUGAUGCGCUUGCUCUCAAAUGUGUGAUUCUGAACGAGAAGCUGGACUCCCUCCUGCAGACGCUGAAUUUGGAGGCGCAGGCCAUGACUCCCUCAGCCCUCACCACGCCACCCAUCGUGGAGGAGGAGGUGGAGGAGGAGGAGGAGCUGGAGGAAGAGGAGGAUCUGAGUGAAGAGUCUAUAACGGAGCUGAAGGAGAAUGAGACCGAGAAAGGCUCUGCUCAUAAGCUCUUCAGACCCCGCGAGCAGCUCGUGCUGAGAGCCAACAGCCUGAAGAAAGCUCUCAGACAGAUCAUCGAGCAGGCAGAGAGAAUGGUGGAUGAGCAGAACGCUCACACGGACGAGCAGGAGCUGCAGUCUCCCUCUGACUUCAGGAAGGACAGCGAGGAGGAAAACAGAGACAGUGAGAAGGACGAGGACACUAAAGAACUGGAAGCUCUGCCCUUGGCUAAGUCACUGUGUUUGCCGCCAGAGAGGCGUUUGAGUCGCAGCACACAGUCCUGUGGCUCCUUCUCCAUCACUCCCUUCACCACGAGCAAGGAGAACCUGCCCGUCCUCAACACACGCAUCAUCUGUCCCGGUCUGCGGGCAGGUCUCGCUGCAUCUAUAGCUGGAAGCUCCAUAAUCAGUAAGAUGCUGCUUGCCAACAUUGAUCCCUUUGGAGCCACACCCUUCAUAGAUCCUGACCUGGACUCACUAGAGGGCUACUUGGAGAAGUGUGUGAUGAACAACUACUUUGGCAUUGGGUUAGAUGCAAAGAUCUCACUGGAGUUCAACAACAAACGUGAGGAGCACCCGGAGAAAUGCAGAAGUCGCACUAAAAACAUGAUGUGGUAUGGUGUUCUGGGGACGAAAGAGCUUCUGCAGCGGACCUACAAGAACUUGGAGCAGAAGGUUCAGCUGGAGUGUGACGGCCAGUACAUCCCACUCCCCAGUCUCCAGGGGAUCGCUGUGCUGAACAUCCCCAGCUACGCCGGGGGAACCAACUUCUGGGGCGGCACCAAAGAGGAUGACAUAUUUUGCGCCCCUUCAUUUGAUGACAAAAUUUUGGAAGUGGUGGCUGUGUUUGGUAGUAUGCAGAUGGCUGUGUCGAGGGUGAUCAAACUGCAGCAUCACCGUAUUGCACAGUGUCGCACGGUGAAGAUCACCAUCCUGGGAGAUGAAGGAGUGCCGGUCCAGGUGGAUGGAGAAGCCUGGAUUCAACCUCCUGGAGUCAUCAAGAUUCAGCACAAGAACCGGGCCCAGAUGCUGACAAGAGACAGGAUCAUGUCUUUCAUAGAGGCCGAUGUCAGGGAUCUUGGGCUUAAAAAGGCAUUUGAAAACACGCUGAAGUCUUGGGAGGAUAAACUGAAAUACGACAAGCCUCCGCUGAGGCCGCACCUGUAUCCUCAACACUCUGUGGAUCUGGCCACAGAGGAGGAGGCCACAAUCAUCCAGAUGUGCGCUCGAGCCGCAGAAGAUCUCAUCACCAGGAUCUGCGAGGCUGCCGAAAACUACCAACUCCUCGAGCAGGAGCUGGCCCACGCCGUCAACGCCUCCUCACACGCCAUCAACAAAACACACCCCAAGUUCCCCGAGAGCCUGACAAGAAACACUGCCAUUGAGGUGGCCAGCACCGUGAAGGCCCUGCACAAUGAGACCGAGUUGCUGUUAGUAGGACGAGUGCCAUUGCAACUGGACCCUCCUCAUGAAGAGCUGCUGUCCAGUGUCCUGCAGAGUGUUGAGCUUGAACUGGGCAAGCUGGCUGAGAUCGACUGGCUCUACCACAUCUUACAGCCCAAUGACGAGGAGGAUAACUCGCUUGAGUACGGAAAAAGAAACAGUCGGAGUGGCAUGUUUCGCAUAGUGCCAAAGUUCAAGAAAGAGAAAGCCCCAAAGAAGUCCAGCCCACAGUCAGUUCAGAGGUGGGGCACUGAGGAGGUGGCCGUCUGGCUGGAGCAGCUCAGCUUGGGAGAAUACAAAGAGACCUUCAUCCGCCACGACAUCCGCGGCUCCGAGCUCCUGCACCUGGAGAGGAGAGACCUCAAGGAUCUGGGGAUCUCGAAGGUGGGUCAUAUGAAGAGAAUUCUCCAGGGAACUAAGGACUUGGCCAAGAGUUCGAUGGUGGACCUGUGAGAGACGUCAACACACAUUCCGUUUGUGAGCGAAGAGGAGUGGGAAGUGCUUUGCUGUCGUGGAUCUCUGUAGGAAUAGCUUGUAGAAAAACUAGGGAUGUUUGUUUUAGAGCAAGUGCUGGUGCCAAAAUCGACAAGGAUUGUGUCCGAGACUUUUAGCCCCACAGAAAAGCCAUUCCUCACUUAUCGCGUCGACGGCACAAUCAGGUAUGCAAUUCUCAUCGUGCACGUGACCUCUGGCGUCUUUUACAGAUUCCAAAUCAAGUAGCAGAACAGGACUUCCAAACCGAGAGGAGAGGAGCACACGGCCUCUGAGUAGCUCACUGGCUCUGUGCCUUGCGGUAGACGGCAACAAUAGGAGGGCGAUGUGAUGUGUCAGCAAUAUUCUGCUUUUGACAGCACUGUUUACAUUUUAAGGAGAUGGGAAAAAGACUGCUGGAGUAUCGCAAUCAUAGUCCAGGAAAGGUCAAAGGGGGUUUCCUUCACCAGUGACAUACUGAUGCAUGGUCUGCUUGCUAUAUUUGGAUAGCUGUUUUACUGCAUGAUCAGUGUCUUGUUUUUUAUUGUACAAACUUGAACAAGUUUUAUAUGAAUUUAGUGUGAUGCCAUUUGUUACUACUGAAGCAUCCCUUUGGUCUAAGUAGACUGCUGAUUUAUUUCUAUAUAUCGAUCUGCAUGGAAACCUCGUGUCAAAGCAGUGUCAUGUGCCAUAUUUAUUGUCAGAUGAGUUUUAUUGGUAAGAAAUAUUUUAAUCUUACAGUAGGACGUUAGGAAAGUCAGGGAAAUAAGUACCAAAGCGAAUGUCCCCUGGCUUUUAAAGCGAAAUGUUCUUUAAGACAUUUCCCCUAAAAUAUUUGAAAUAUUCAUCAAAAAUGGUCAAAUCUGGAGUAGUUCAGGAAAACAUGAACACUGCGACUCUUUGUAGCUUAAAAAACAUUAUUAUACGGUAGUUGAAAUCUAUUGUUUUGAAUAAGAAAUUGCAGUUGACCUGCAACAUUACAUGGUUGAUAUUUACUGAGUUCAGGAACCCAGUGCAGGUUUGAUAGGAGCAUCUAUAUUUGGUUGGUGGCAUUACAGGGUAUAAGAGAUUGUUUGUUAAUAUAUGCACUGUAAAUAUACGUUAAAAGGUCCAGUUAUGAGUAAAGCCUUUGUAUUAUAGAAUGCUUACAUUAUAUUGUCAGAUGACACAUUUAUUUGUGUAUAGAGUACCAUUGUGAAUUAUUGUUUAGUAAUCGCCUUUACACGUUAAGUGCUGUUGUACUCAAUGGAAGGUGCAAUAUUGUAUUUAUUUUGAUACAGUUCUUCUCUAUGAAGCUUUAUAAUGCGAGGUUUUUUCCAUGGAAAACUAAAAAAGAUAAACUUCACACACUCCUCUUUCUUCAGUUUUGGAUUAAGCUGGACUUUGGGUCAGACGAAUCAUGCCAUGUUCUCUCCAAAAUUCAUAAAUCUUCCAUUAGCAAAUUGCUGAUUCUGUGUAACCGUGCUUCCAGGAUAAUUUGCUAGAUGGCUGGAUGUUUCCCCACACCAACUAUAAAACUGUUGUGCCUCUAUUUUUUCUGUACAAUGGAAAAUUUAGUGCUCGGAGCUACACGUAGUUCUACAUAAGCCAACCUGACCAUCAGUGCAUGUGGGACUCAUAACAGUGGAUUUUUGUUGAUGUUAUAUUAUAAUGUUCCUCUAGAGGGUGUUCAAUAACAUCAAGGUAGUACUUGAUAUAUAUAUAUAUAUAUAUAUAUAUAUAUAUAUAUAUACAGAGAGAAAGAGAGUAGUGUUGAAAAAGAUGUGGUGUUCCCAAACAAGAAAUGUUUUUCUACCCACAAUUCACCUGAAUUGAGAAUUCAAACAAAUAUGGAGGAUGAGAACAGACCUGGAGGAUUGGCUUUGGUCUGUUGGGUGGAUCCGAGCAGGUUAAAUACACAUUUUGAAGAGUUUGCCGAGAGUUUAGGCAUUAUUAUCAAAUGAUGGGACUAAAAAAAGACUUAAUUCAUGAGAGCAUUCAUUAUUCAACUAUAGGUUACAUUCGUGGUUCUCAACUGGGUUUGCUCCAGGAUUUCGAUUUCAACAUCACAUGGCGCCAAACGCAGGGCCGAAUAGUUUAUUGUACACAAAGGAAUAAGAAAAUGUCCUUAAAAGUCAUCAAUAUUGUCAUGAACUGCAUAGAACACUGACAAUAUUGUGAAUGCGCAAACAGUAGAAGUGUGAUUUACACUUUAUAUAGCUCGUGUGUUUGGUUUCUAAACGUCAGUUGAGUUUUGAUGGUUUUGUGCUCUCGGCAGCCAACAAUUCACCACACAAAACACAUCGUGGUCUGCACAAACCAUGUUUAUUCUUGUUGCAAGUGAACCCGUAUUUAAUGUAAUUUGGCAUUGUCCAUAUUGGCAUCUACAUGUUAUGUCUAGCCUCCACCAAAUGAAAGAUGAACUUAAUACCCUCCAGUCUGAUUGGUCGCAUAAUGCUGGAUGUACAAAUUGAAAGAUGGGGGAAACAUUUUCUCCUCUCUUUUAAAGGUUGAUCAACCUUUUUAUAUUUUUAUCCUAACCACACAGAAUUGUACAGUUAAUUCUAGCAGUUGAGAACCACUGGCGUCCAUAAUAAAGGCGACCUGCUUUUUUCAGCAAUUGGGGUUUAAUUGACAACUAAAUGUAUCCCUCUUCCCGUCUUUUCUCAAUAGUGAGCAUCUGCCUUUAGGCAUUUCAGGUUGGCUGUUUAAUAGCAGGUCCAUUUGAUAUCUACGCAAGCAAAACCCUGUCUGCAGAUUGGGAUGUGAAUCAAGUUUUACACAUUCCCUUUCACUUGCGUAUUCCUUUAUGAAAUAUUUAGGCCAGGUAAUGCUUUUUUCUAUAACUUAUCUCUGGAUAACACAUAUGAGCUUUUUAAAAUCCAUUCACAGAUAGUUUCUUCAAAAUCAGUGCAUCUGGGCUCAUUCAUAUGUGACAGAAAAUAAAAAACUGUAUUCUGUUUGUGGUUAUAUAAAAUCAAAACCUGUGCAAAUACAUCCACGCAUUCCGAAACACGACUGAAUGUACUGAUAUGCAUUUCUGAGUGACUACAUUACAAAACGUAAUUACCCCAACUAGCUAGAAUCAUUACCAAAGACUCAAGAUCAUUUCCAGAACACUACAAAACUCCCCGAAGCCCGGUUUAAUUGGCCUUAACAUGAUCUCUUUUUGACAGCUGUAGCAGAUCGACCUUGUAUAUGGUGCCUCCGUAUAGUUCAUUUGUUCACAACAGUCUCAAAUCAAACAAGUGCAGUCUUCCUCUCAUGCCACACUAAACAUGUGCACAUGACCACAUGAACCUCAGUUCAGUUCUCAAGCCACCACAUGAUUGUUUUUCAUUGGACUAUGAGUGACGGUAGGCUUCGGCUUAUGCGAACAUAAAGCUGUAAACUGCCUGGUUUUUCACAAUAAAUUAAUUUAAGGAAUUUGUAGAGCAAGGUAACAUAUCUUUGACAUAAUGUAUAUCCAGUAAGAGAAGUGUGAUGCAAGGUUUAUUUGUUUACAUUGUGUUUACAAUGGCACGGUUUCAUUUUUAAGACUACAUGUAUAGGUAUAUUUGCAGUACUUGCAUAUUUAUUAAGGUUAAACAGCUGAUGUGUAUGUGUGUUCACUAUUGGGAUAUAAUGUUACGGUAGUCACUUGUAUUGAUAUCUGGAUAAUUUUGGUAAGUAGUGGGUAAUUUUUAUGACUACUAAGUGACUGUUUUCUGUGCCUUUGUAGAUGCAUGGUUAACUAUUUAUUACAAUAUGGAGGUCACUGAGAUGUGUAUUUUUGUAUCCUGAUUAAAUGUUUCAAUUUUGAUGUACAUUUUGAGGUGGAAAAACACUGCCAGUUGAUAUCUUCCUUCUUCAAUAAAAUUGAAUGCAUACUCA